GUGUGUGCGUGUGACGAUAGAUCAAAGAGGAAGAAGAAAUCGGAUUCUUAUCAUUUUUUUCUGGCUGUGAUUGAUUUUUUUCUCUCCUCCUACAACAAAAAUCUCCACGAUGCGUGAAGGAAUUGUGAGUGAAAAAUCGUCCUUUAGUGUUUGGAAAGUCCUGGGAUGGAUGUGCCUACCCUUGCCGUACUUCAUUUACCAAAUAAUCCUCCGGAUGAGGGAGCAUAAGCAGCGAGAGACGCUCAAUGGGAAGGUUGUCCUUAUCACGGGAGCAAGUUCCGGACUUGGUGAGAGCCUCGCACAUGCCUUCUACACAGCUGGAUGUAGAGUUGUACUCGCUUCAAGGCGCAAAGAUGAGUUGGAGCGCGUACGGAGUGAUUUGCUUGAGUGCUAUUCAACUAAUCCAACGCAUCCACCGGUAGUGAUGCCCCUGGAUCUCACGGAUGUCAAUGGACUGCAGGAGAAAGUGGCGGAAAUUCUCAAGAUCUACGGUCAUAUUGACGUUCUUGUGAACAAUGGUGGGAUCAGUGUACGUUCUGAUGCUCUCUCCUUGGACAUCAGUGUGGACAUUAAAGUGAUGCUGGUGAAUUAUUUUGGAUCUGUGGCUCUCACAAAGGCCAUUCUGCCGCACAUGAUACAACGCCGGGAGGGACGAAUUGUCUUUGUGUCCAGUGUUCAAGGAAAAUUCGCAAUCCCACAGAGAUCUGCCUAUGCCGCCAGCAAACACGCUCUUCAGGCUUUUGCAGAUUCCCUUCGGGCUGAAGUGGCAGAGCACAAUAUUGGUGUGACUGUGGUCAGUCCGGGGUACAUCAACACAGCCAUGUCGAUCAAUGCACUCACCGGAAGUGGAGCAAGCUAUGGAAAAAUGGAUGCUGCCACAUCCGCAGGAGCUAAUCCAGACGAUAUGGCCAUGGAAAUCCUUCGGUGCGUUCUCAGGGAUGCCAAAGAUGUCGUUCUGGCACCCAUAACACCGCGUAUUGCGUACUUUUUGCGAUAUCUCUGCCCACCCCUGUAUUUCUGGAUCAUGGCCAGGAGGGCCCUAAAACUUGCAGCUGAAUCGAACUCCAAAAGUCAGGAAGUUCAGUGAUUUUAUUCAAUUCUCUUAACUCUCUUUAUAUAAUAUUUCUGCUAUAUAAUGUUAUAUAUUUUACUCUCAAAGUAAAGGUUGUGUAUGGGUUCUCA